AUGCCUGCAAUGCUGGAUGACCCCACGGCGCCCGCCAUCUACCGCACAUCUGGCGAUGCGCCUUAUCCCACACCAUAUGCCCCGCUGCCCGCCAACAUUGUCCCUCGCCAGGUCACUCUGCGCGAUCGCUCAACCACUGCCACCCUCGUGCCUUUCUCCUCUCCGGACCAGGUGCCCAAGACGCUGCUCCACUACCUAUGUGCUCUCCUCAAUCGCGAAAUUGAGGGCGGCGACACGUACCCUAUGAUCAAUGAGCUGCCCCUCGAGUCAUUCGGUCCCUACUGGUUUGCCAACUUUGGCGCUGUCAUGCUGUUGGGCGAUGUGAGCAAUGUCGACCAUGUGUGGCAGAUGGAGAAAGAGGGCGUCGAUUGGUCCAAGCAGUGUCUGGGCAGUUUCUACAUCAAGCCCAACUACCCUGGCCGUUCUAGCCAUGUAUGCAACGGCGGCUUCCUGGUCAGCGAUGUCGCGAGAAAUAGAGGUGUGGGCCGCUUGAUGGGCGAAGGGUACCUUGAGUGGGCUCCUCAACUCGGCUACUCGUACUCGGUCUUCAAUCUCGUCUACGAGACCAACAUUGCCUCGGUCAGGAUUUGGGAUGCUUUGGGCUUUAAGCGCAUUGGUCGUGUGCCUGGCUGUGGCAACCUCAAGUCUGCUGAUCAUCUUGUUGACGCCAUCAUCUUUGGCCGCGAUCUCAAUGGCGAAGCUGAGGAUUAUCUCUCUGAAGAGCGCUUCGACAAGAUCCGCUACUAUCUCAAGACAGGUAACUACCCCAACGGCGCCGACCGCGCCGAANAAAGCAGACUCCGCAGUGCGGGCGCCCACUAUCGACUCGUCCCCGACCCCAGCGGCGGCGAAGAAAAACUCAUGCUCAAAGACAAGGAAGUCAUCAGCGAUCCCCAGAAGCAAUACGAGAUUGCGCUAAAGACACAUGCUUUAACUCAUGCAGGAAUCAACAAGACCACUGCGUCGAUUGCUGAGCGCUACCAUUGGAUUCGCAUCAAAGAAACUGUGUCGCAAGCUAUCCGCAACUGCACAAAUUGCAAGGAAGCUGCCAAACCUGCUAAAUCAAGUACACCUUCCAAAGCCUCUGAACACUCGCAAGCAAGCCCUGGCGCUGUGGAACAAGCACCGCCUCUCCUCUCCCCCGCUACCGUCGAAAACGCAAAUCUCCAGAAUGCCAUGCAAGAGCAGCACUCCUCAAACGACCAAAUGGACAUCUCACACUUUGAUUAUUCGAGUAUCCCUGUUGACCCGGCUAUCAUGACGGAUAUGUAUUCUUCUGCCAAUGCGGGUGUGGGUGCAUCGAAUUCUGCGUUUGGAAAUGAGGCUACACAGCAAGAGGUACAGAGUCAUGGGGGCAUGUAUGGCGCACAGAUCUACGGAGAUGAUGCGGAUGCACAGUUACAGGCUGAGUUGGCUAGUGAGAUGAUUACUAGAGCUGCUGGGGGUGAUGAGUAG